GUUACCGAGUGACGCCUCCUCUGUGUUCAGGCUGUAGAUGAGCCGAGGCGGGUCGGGUUGAGCGUCCUGUUAGCUCGGGGUGUGUAACGGUUAGCACAGGGGCUGGUGUGUAGAUUAAAUGCCUCAGGGUUCAUCAUGGUGUGCGGAGGAUUCACCUGCUCGAAAAAUGCUCUGUGCGCUCUCAACGUCGUGUACAUGUUGGUGGGUCUGCUCCUGAUUGGCGUAGCAGUCUGGGGAAAGGGCUUUGGGAUUGUCUCCAGUAUCCACAUCAUCGGAGGCGUGAUCGCUGUGGGCUUUUUCCUCUUGCUCAUCGCCAUCGUUGGCCUCAUCGGAGCCGUCCAUCACCACCAAGUCAUGCUCUUCUUUUACAUGGUCAUUCUGUUCAUCGUGUUCCUUUUCCAGUUUGGUGUGUCCUGCUCUUGUCUGGCCAUGAACCAGGAUCAGCAGAAGAAGCUGAUGAACUCCACUUGGCAUCAGAUAAGCAACGAGACUAAGACAGAUUUGGAGAACAAGCUAAACUGCUGUGGUCUGUUCAACAGCACGGUUAACCACGAACAGUUUGAUUUGGACAGGGACAUCUGUAGAGCGAGCUGUAAAAGCCUUUCAAACUGUUUGACGUGUGGUGAAAAGAUGCUGCAGCAUGCCUCCGAGGCCCUGAGGAUUCUGGGAGGUGUGGGUCUCUUCUUCAGCUUCACUGAGAUCUUAGGAGUUUGGCUAGCCAUGCGCUACAGGAACCAGAAAGAUCCCCGGGCAAACCCCAGCGCGUUCUUAUAGUCUCUCAGCCCUUUCCUCCCUGUCCCAUAGUUCAUCAGCGUAGACGAGCGGUUCUUCUUCCCUCUUUGCACAUCCGGAGGCAUUCAGCACGGACUUCAGACUGAACGCCGACCUGCUGCUCUCAGCACACCAUCUCACUGAUCUAACACCACCGCUCUUUUCUCUCUAGAAUUUUAUUUAUUAUUGUUUUUUUGUUUGUUUGUUUUUCCCCUCUCAUAGUCAGAGCAAAAGCUGGACGUCUCAUGAAUGACAGGAUGAUGUUUUGGUAUUUAUGUCUCGAUCUCCAGUCCCAUGGUGUGACCCACAUCAUGACCAUUCCCAUCCUUGAUUUGAGGAAAAAAAAAAAAAACUAAAUGAAUAAAUAAUGUCCUGGACAGUGCUCCAUCGUUGCUAUGUGCAUGCUCGUAGGCAUUACUACAAUUCUGUUCAUUUACCACCAGCGCUCCGUGUACGCUGUAUAGUUUUAUCAUCAUGUGGGCUUUUAGUAUCAGCAAAGCAGGUAGUUUCGUAGAGUUUUGCGUGACCCGAUCGAGGUUUCCGCGAUCUUUGUUUCCGACUCCUUCGAGGCGUCUUAUGCCGAUGUUGCCGAGUCGUCCUUGUUCAAGACGUUAGAAUACUAGCCGAGGAAGUUAGGAUUUUUAGUUCAAUACGUUGUGUAACUGAGCCAUGCAGAAGAGAAGCCAGCAGACUGCAGCCCCGAUGUUGUAACGGGUUGCUUCACUCUGAUCACACACACACAUACACACACACACACGUACGUAUAAGUUUCAUUUGCUUCUCACUGAGGUACAAACCGCACUAGAACCUUAACACUCUUGUGUUUCUUGGUAUUACUUUUUUUUUUUUUUUUGCAAUAUAGCAAAUGGCUUAUGGUUGUUGUUUUUUUUUUUGUGUGUGUGUGCUGUAAUUCAUCACUCUCACAAAGUUCUUUCUGUGCCAUCACUUUAAUCCAAGUGUCUCAUCUCAUUCAAGUCAAGUGUGUUACAUUUUUUUCAUGUUUUUUCAAAUCAUGUCUGACAUGGUAUUUCUUGUAAAGUACUUCUUUUUUUUUUUUUGCCUACACCUCUAGGUGCCAUUUAAAUUUGUGACACGUAAUCCUCAGACGCAAACCGUUUCAUGUUCUGUUUUUGUUUUUGCACUGUGUGUGGGUGUGUGUGUGUAUGUAUAUAUAUAUAUAUAUAUAUAUAUACACAUUUUUUUUUUUUUUUUUUGCAUUUAAAAGUAUUAAAGCCGCUAUUCAGGUUCAUUAAAAACAUAAGUUAUUUGUAUGUGUUGUAUGUGUUCUAAAUACUUAAACCAUUACUAAUCUUACUUUUUUUUUCUUUUACACAUCCAGUCUUAACGUGUUUUUUCUUCUUCUAUUCAUUCAAGUCUAGGUUGUAAUUUUGAGCACGGAGCGCUCGGUUUUAAAUCUCCUCUUUAAGCCGCUUUGCCUCUUCAUUUCCCUUCUUAUUUCUCUUCUGAUAACUAGGAUGCACUGAAUUCUUACAUCGCAUAUUAAUAUUAUUGUGUAUAUGUGCUAAAGACUAGUGUUGUGGCUCCUUCGCCAAAAUGUCAAGAAGGUUUCUUUUCUCUCAUUAUUUAAUUUAUUUUUUUUAUGAGCAGACCAUGUUCAUGUUGAUCGUUCUCACGACUGUAUGCACCCGCAAUUCAGUUUAUUUUUUUCUUUGUUUUCUUGGAUGUUUAUUGUAUUUUACAACCUGAUUUCUUUUCCAAUUAAAACAUCUUAAAGCAAAA